UCAGCCUCUCUCGGCCCCCUCCCUGAGUCCCCACCCCUAGCCCAGCCUCUGGCCUCUGAUGCCUUCUUAAGGAACCUGGGCCUCUCCUGCCCCAUCCCUAAACUUUAGCUUCCCAGCAAACAGGCUUCCCAAGCUCCUGCCCCUCCCUCUCAGGCCUUUCUAGUCUCCACACCAGCUGCUAGGCCUGGCCAGGCCUCCUGCUCCUUCCCACCUACCGCCUCCCACAGACCAAGAGACACCAGGCCUCCUAUUCUACCUGCUUCUUCCCCUGCCCCGCCCCCAUGGAGCCCCCGGGACUGGUUGUGCACGGGGAGGCUGCACCCUUUUCCACGGCACUCCGGAGCCUUCUCAACAAUCCCCAAUACAGUGACGUUUGCUUUGUGGUCGGUCAAGAACGGCAGGAGGUGUUUGCCCACCGGUGCUUGUUGGCCUGUAGAUGCAACUUCUUCCAACGACUUCUGGGCCCAAAGCUGGGCCCCGGGAUGCCUAGCCCCGUGGUGCUGAGCGCGGUGCCAGUGGAGGCCUUCCUGGCAGUGCUGGAGUUCCUGUACACCAACAGUGUCAGGCUGUGCCGCCGCUCUGUUGCCGUGACCUUCGGCCUGGGGCCGCUGCAGGAGCGUUGUAUAGCCUUCAUAGAGGCCCACAGCCAGGAGGCGCUCCGGACCCGCGGCUUCUUGGAGCUGUCGGCGCCCGCGUUGCUGCCCCUGCUGCGCAGCGACAAGCUCUGUGUGGACGAGGCUGAGCUCGUCCUGGCUGCCCGGAGCUGGGCGCGCGUGGGCGCGGCCGUGCUGGAGCGGCCUGUGGCCGAGGUGGCGGCCCCGGUGGUGCGGGAGCUGAGACUGGCCUUACUGGCCCCGGCGGAGCUGAGCGCCCUGGAAGAGCAGAACCAGCAGGAGCCGCUCAUCCCGGUGGAGCAGAUCGUAGAGGCGUGGAAGUGCCACGCUCUGCGGAGAGGGGAUGCAGCCCGGGGCACCCCGUGCCGCCGCCGGAGGGGAACCCUGCCCCGGGAGCAUCACUGCUUUCUGGACCUGCCCUUUAAGUGACCAAAGGCCGCGAUUUGCAAGGAAUUCUGGCCUGUCCCAAACUACAGCUCCCAACAUGCCUGGCGCUCAGAGGGGGGCUUUCGCCCCCAGCAUGCCCUGCGAGCCUGAAGCUGGAAGAACCCGGGUCCGCUCCGCGCCCCGCCCUGUGGGUGUGAUUGGGAGGGAGGGGAAGGAGGGGUAGUGGGCGUGGCUUGGCGGGGCGGGGCCCCAAAGCGAUUUCCUUUGCACCCUCAUCCUGACUAACUCCUGGGCCUCUGGCCACGCGGGCCUGUCGCGUUUACUUUUAUAACCCCCCCCCCCAUGUUUUCAGCUCAGCUCCCUCUUUAUUCCAGACCUACGUCUUGGAGAUCUCUCUCCAAAUGCUGGACACUUCAGACUCAGUUCAAAAUUGAGCUGCCUUCUCAUCUUUCCCAAGUUCUGCCCCUAUCGUGUUUCUCAUCUACGUGGGUGUCUUUUUUUUUUUUUAAUUUU